CACCUUCAUGCGGGACUGCAUCCCACCAGUGGAAAGACUGGUCAUUACUUUGCGGUAUUUAGCUACCGGACAGUCAUUGGCCAGUCUACACUUCGCCUUUCUCAUUGGGAAGUCCACAGCCAGUAUGAUCAUCCGUGAAACCUGCGUGGCAAUUUGGGACGUCCUUCAUCCUGCUGUGAUGGCCCAACCACAGAAGGAGGACUGGCUGCAAAUUGCGGAUCUGUUUUUAGAAUCCUGCAAUUUCCCAAACUGUGUCGGCGCAAUAGACGGCAAACACAUCCGCGUUCAGAAGCCCAUAAGGAGCGGGAGUCAAUUUUUUAAUUAUAAAAAAUAUUUUUCAUUUGUUCUUUUUGCGGUGUGUGAUGCAAACUAUUGCUUCAGAUACAUUGAUGUGGGGUCCUACGGCAGCAGCUCAGACUCAGCUGUUUUCGGGCAUUCGGCCUUUGGGCAAAUGCUCAAUAAUAAUGAGCUGGACCUCCCGGGGAACACCACACUGGAUUCUCUCCUUCGCAGGAAUGAUGUUUCUCCUGGAGAAAUAGGCUCUUUCUUUGCCUCCAGGCAGAGCUAA